UUCUUCUUCUUCUUCUUCUUCUUCUUCUUCUUCUUCUUCUCCUCCACCUCCUCUCUCUGUCUUCUCUCCCCCUGACAGACAGACAGGUCUAACUUCUGGCCUUCAUCAUCAUCAUCCUCAGAGGAAGACGGACAGGGAUACCCCUGACCCCUCGCCCCCCCGGGUCGCCAUGGCAACGGUCAUCUGCACUCGAUUCACCGAAGAGUUUCAGCUGUACGAGGAGCUGGGCAAGGGAGCGUUUUCCGUGGUGCGGCGCUGUGUGAAGGUGCUGUCGGGCCAGGAGUACGCCGCCAAGAUCAUCAACACCAAGAAACUUUCUGCCAGAGAUCAUCAGAAGUUGGACCGAGAAGCUCGAAUCUGUCGUUUACUGAAGCACCCGAACAUCGUUCGGCUACAUGACAGCAUUUCAGAGGAGCUGCAUCAUUACCUCAUCUUCGACCUGGUAACAGGUGGAGAGUUAUUUGAAGAUAUUGUAGCCAGAGAAUAUUACAGUGAAGCUGACGCCAGUCACUGUAUCCAGCAGAUUUUGGAGGCAGUGCUACACUGUCACCAGAUGGGCGUCGUCCACCGAGACCUGAAGCCAGAGAACCUGCUGCUGGCCUCGAAGUCUAAAGGAGCCGCAGUGAAACUCGCCGACUUCGGUCUCGCCAUCGAGGUGGAGGGAGACCAGCAGGCGUGGUUCGGCUUUGCGGGGACCCCAGGUUAUCUUUCCCCGGAGGUUUUGAGGAAGGAUCCUUACGGCAAAGCAGUCGACCUCUGGGCCUGUGGUGUGAUUCUCUACAUCUUAUUGGUCGGUUAUCCUCCGUUCUGGGAUGAAGAUCAACAUCGUCUCUACCAGCAGAUCAAAGCCGGAGCUUAUGAUUUCCCGUCCCCUGAGUGGGACACGGUGACGCCUGAAGCCAAAGACCUCAUUAACAAGAUGUUGACCAUCAACCCGUCAAAGAGGAUCACCGCCGCCGAGGCGCUCAAACACCCCUGGAUCUCUCACCGCUCCACCGUGGCGUCCUGUAUGCACAGACAGGAGACGGUCGAGUGUCUGAAGAAGUUUAACGCCAGGAGGAAACUGAAGGGAGCCAUCCUCACCACCAUGUUGGCCACCAGAAAUUUCUCCGGAGGAAAGAGUGGGAGCAACAAGAAGGCCGACGGAGUGAAGGAAUCAUCUGAGAGCACAAACACCACUAUCGAGGAUGAAGAUACCAGAGUGAGGAAACAGGACAUCAUUAAAGUCACGGAGCAGCUCAUUGAGGCGAUCAGCAACGGAGACUUUGAGAGCUACACUAAAAUGUGCGACCCGGCUGUAACGGCGUUCGAGCCCGAGGCAUUAGGGAAUCUGGUCGAAGGCCUUGACUUCCACCGCUUUUAUUUUGAAAACUUGUGGUCUAAGAACAGUAAACCGGUCCACACCACCAUCCUAAACCCUCACAUCCACCUGGUGGGGGACGAGGCCGCCUGCAUCGCUUACAUCAGAGUGACGCAGUACAUUGACGCCAACGGGACGCCUCGCACAGCCCAAUCAGAGGAGACCAGGGUGUGGCACCGCCGCGACGGGAAGUGGCAGAUCGUCCAUUUCCACCGCUCAGGCUCUGCCUCCACGCUCAGCAAGUAAGAACAGCUGACUGCCUGAGGGUCUUUGAUGGAGCCACCAGGCGUCGCCUUGACAACUGAUUGAUUGACAGCAGCCGACCAGGCGUGUGACACCAGACAGGAAGUUUGAGAGGAGAUGAGGGGCGGGGCCAGAGAGCAGCAAACUGCACAAUCAACCAAUCAGCUUCCUCUUCUCAGCUCUUCUGGACUUCAGCCACGCCCCCUUGUGAUUAGCCAAUCGGCUGCACCGAUUGUAACAACGUGUUGAAACCUCGUAACUCCUCCGUCAGGAUGAUUGACAGGAUGAAGAAUCCCUUGAAAUCCCUUAAUUAGCUUCUAAUUUUUUCCCUCCAAAUUUAAGGUUAAAUCAUGAUAAAUGAAUGUAUUAAAGAUCCAUUGACAAUAACUCAAUAUAUUAUAAUACAUCAACUUAUUCACUAAUAUCCCAUUUAAAAAGUAAUAAUAGUAAUUAAACACUUUAAAAUGAAAUGUUACCAUGAAAACCAACUUUUGUAUUGUUUUGAAUUUGUACGUAAAAACAUUGCUGACUUUACUGUUAAUUUAUUUAUUUAUUUAUUCAUGAAUAGUGAGUUUCAUCCAGAGUUUGAAUUUAACUUUAAUGAAGUUUUUAUUCCUCGAUUAUAAACAAAACCUGAAUCUGGAGAUACGUGGUUUCCACUGGAAAAACAAAACGUAUUUUAUUACUUUGUACAGGCCGGGAGUCGCCGUGGUUACUAAUUAUUAUUAGACCCAUUAUCUCGUUAUCACAACCAAUUAAAACUUUUUUUUUUCAUAUGUCAAUUAAGGUAAUUCUUCAAUAAUAAUUUCUUUUUUUUUUAUAAACAUAACAAUAAUAAUUAAACUAAUCAGCAGAGAAAUAUAAGUAAUAAUAAAUACAAAAGACAUUUUAUUUGACGCUAAAAUCAACCUGAAAGAUUAUUUAUAUAUUUUUAAUUUAAAUUGGCCUCAAAGCAUUUAAACACUUCCAAUGUGUAGGAUGUUUAGUUAUUAUAUUAAAAGUUGUAAAAAAUCCUAUUAAUGAUAAUAAUGAAGGUUUGAUGUCGAGAUAAUUGGGUCUAAAAAGUGAGUUAUAAAACCAUAAAACAGAUUAAAUGUAAUACUUAAUAUUGUUGUAAUAAUAUUUAUUAUUAUUGUAUUAGCAUAUAAUAUUAUUAUAAUAAUAUUUAAUAUUAUUGUAAUAAUCUUUAUUAUUAUUAUAAUAUUUAUUAUUAUUGUAAAAAAUAUUUAAUAUUAUUGCAAUAAUGAGAUUUUUGUUCAUCUUCCUUCGGGCUCGGGGAGCUCCGCGAGCUUCCACCGCUCUCCGACCUGCGAUCUUCCAUGAACAGCCCCCCCCCCCCCCCCAAACGAGCAGGGCCUUAACGAGCUCCCUAACGAGCUGUCUGUCUGCUGCCGGGCUUCGUGAGCAAACAAAGUGUUUUAGAUUUAGACGUUCUGAGAGGAAGGAACACACCUGUCUCCAGGGACCACCGUAAUACAUCAAUAAUAAUACGCAUCAUCGGUACGGCGGCUCAGAUGGGACAAAAUAAUAUAUAAAUGAAUAACGAUGUGCGUUCAUCAAUUUAAACGUAGAUUUUUCAAGGUUGUUUUUAAUAUUAAAGAAACAAUAAAGUUUUUUAAUUUUUGAUUUUACACACUUUCAUCCGUCAGAUUUGAAUAAUAUUGAACAAAAACUUUAUUAACAGAAGUUUCUAUAGCAAAGCAUUUUGAAAAGUGAACUUCUGGGACAGUUGAAAUAUUAACAAUAAAAAUUACUAAAAACAAGAAACUGAAAGUUUAUACUGAACAAACAUAUAAAGAGUAAAUCAUUAAAUAUGUUUCGUCUCUGAGCCUUGGUGUGUCGGCGACCUGGAAAACCUUGAAUCUGUUUUAUUAGGAGAUUCAAUGAUUUAAUAACUCAUAUUUCUAACAUUGAUUCGUAAUAAAAGUUGCAUCUUGAACCCGCCCGCUCGCCGUCGCUGCGCUCAACACUUCAGUUGGUGAAUUAUUUGCAGGAAUAAGGAGUUCUGCGGGGAGAGCGUGUAUCUUCCUCUUCGGUGUUUACGUUCUGUACAGACGGUGUGAUUUUCUGCAUGCAGGAUUUGACUUUGUGUUUUCUCCGCUUCGGGCUCUGCUGCGUUUUGGCGUUUGCUGCCACUAUUUUGUUUUCUGGGUCUCUCUGGUGACUUGAUUUGAGACUUGUUAGCUUUGUUAGCAUUCCUCAGCGGGAGCAAUGGUGUCCACUAGCCGCGAGCUAACGAAACGCCGACGGUGCCGUCUUUGAUAUUCUGCGACUUUUGACCUGUUGUGUUCGUCUCAGAGGCUUCGAGCUGCUUUGUAGAGUCGGGAGAAUGUAGAACUUUGUACAAUCAGAUUAUUACGAUCAUAAUAUUAUACUUAUUCUCGAUAUAUCGCGUUUGUAUAUUGAAAAUGUUAGAAUCAAACGUGCAGUGCUCGCCGUGUGUGGAUCACCCUGUAGAGAACACAUUGUGAUUUAUUAGCUUGUUUACUUUCUGAGUAUGAUGUGCAUUAAAGCAACCGUUGAAUGUGUUCGCCACAGCGCCGCAGCCCUUUAGUUUACUCCACCUCUCGUGCCGUUUGGCGUCCCAGCUCAGGAAACACUCAGAGAAUAUGGGAUCAAAGGUCAACUGAACUCGUUAUUGUUAAUAUUAAGAUUAAUAACAAGUCUAUGGCGCUCAGAAUCACCAGACUCUGACUUCCAACAAAGAAAUCAAAAAUGUUUCCAACAUCAACCGAAAUACAAAUAAUAAAUUAGAAAAAUAAAACGCUUCCUAACUGCUUCUACACCUUAAAAUAAAGGUUAUAAUCUUGAGCUGAUUCAACAGCCGGGACUCCAAAUGGCACCUGCGGAGUGAAUGGCUGUUUCCUGAAAGUGUGUUUUUCACUUUGACCUUUAAGAAAGUUUUAUUUAUUCGUGCUGGAAAUAUUUGAGAGGAAAUAUCUGAGAAGUCAUUUUUUUGUAUUUUGGUGUUUUUGCUUGAAACUGAAGAAUUCAUCCUAAAUCAGAUUUCACUUGUUAUUCUAAAGAUCGGAAUGUUUUUCCUGUUUCUACCGAUGUUCUGCGUAUUUAUCUUCAUGAACCCAAAGCUAAAAGCUUUUCUGAUCCACGUGAUGGGAAACUGUUAGCAUUGUUAGCUUAGCUGUUCAACAAGCUAACAGCAUGCUUUGGUUAUUGUCAGGAAUGCUAACAAUGCUAAUAGUGCUAACCAACAACUAUAUGAUAUUAGGGCUUCUUCAGGACUGAUACCAAACAUUUAAUUGUGUUUUAAACUAGUAUUAUUCAUUUUAUUUGUAUAAUUACUUUGUAGCAUGUUCGUGUGUUUUUAUCUGCUUUGGCACAAAAUCAUUUGGUGACUCGCUUUUCAAGUUUUCAGUCGAAAGAACAUUUCAAACUAAAU